AUGUCUGUGAUGUUUGCGCCGCCCGCCCCCGGGCAGCAGCAGAGGGGUGGCCGACCUCCACCCACUGCCCAGCAAAUUCAGAAGCUGCUGGAUGAGAACAGCCAGCUGAUCCAGACAAUCCAGGAGUGUCAGAACAAGGGGAAGAUGCAGGAGGUGCAUCAGUACCAGCAGCUGCUGCACCGCAACCUGGUCUACCUGGCCUCCAUCGCUGACUCGUCACAGAACAUCCAGAGCCUGCUACCCCCGCCGCAGCCGCCGGGCGCCCAGCCGGGGGUGUCGCCGGCCGAGGGCGGUGGCCAGCGCGCGCCGCAGUACGCCGCCGGCUACCCGCCGCCGGCCGGCGGGAUGAUGGCCGGCCGACACCAGGGCCAGUACCGGCCGCAGCAGGCCGGCUACCCGCCGCAGGGACAGCAGGCCUACCCGCCGCAGCAGGGCUACGGCUACGGUGGCCAGGCGGGCGGCUACGGGUCCGGCUACCAGGCCGGCUACCAGGGCCAGCAGAUGUACGGCUACGGCCAGACGGCGCCGGCGGCCGGCCAGCAGCCGCCCGGCGCGCAGUACGGCCAGUACGGCCAGCAGCCGCCCGGCCAGCCGCCGCCGCAGCAGCAACAGCAGCCUCAGUCUCAGCAGGCGCAGCAGCAGCAGCCGGGAGCCCAGCAGCACCCGCAGCAGCAGCAGGGUCCGCAGCCGUCUCCUCAGCAGCAACAGCAGCAGCAGCAGCCAGGACAACAUCCUCAGCAGCCGCAACAGCAGCAGCAGCAGCAUCCACAGCAGCAACAGCAACAACAGCCUGGACAACAUCCUCAGCAACAGCAGCACCCACAACAGCAGCAGUCUGGGCAGCACCCACAGCAACAGCAGCCAGGACAGCACCCGCAGCAACAGCAGCAGCAGCCAGGGCAACACCCGCAGCAACAGCAGCAGCAGCCAGGACAGCACCCGCAGCAGCCGCCCCACUCUCAGGCUCAGCCCCCGCAGCAGCCGUCUCCCGCUGCGCAGCAGUCUCCACAGCAGCAGCAGCAGGCCCAGCCGCCCCAGCCGUCGCCGCAGCAGUCUCAGCAACACCAGCCUCCGCAGCAAACCCCGCAGCAACACCAGCCUCCGCAGCAGCAGCAGCAGCAUCCGACGAUGGCGUCAGCGCCGAGCCCGCACCUGCCGGCUCCCUACCCGCCCGGCCAGCGCUCUGCCUCGCCGUACCAGCAGGGUUACCCGGGUCCGUACCCGGGCCAGCCGGCGCCCGGACAGCACUACCCGGCUGGGGCGCACGGUGCUCCGGCUCCCUACCCGCCGGCCUCCCAGCCGCCGUACACGGCCACCAGCCAGCCGGCGCCGGCCGCCGGCGGGCCCGGCCCGGCGCCCUACCCGACCAGCUCUCAGCCGGCGUACGCGCCGCCAGUGGCGGCCGGCGGCCAGCCGGGCCAGUCGUACCACUACCCGGGCCCGCCGCAGGGCCAGUACCCGCCGCACGCGCCGUACUCGUACCCGCCGGCGGCGCAGCAGUACCCGGGGUACCACCACCAGCAGUACCAGUACCGGCCGGCGGCCCCGGGCGCGCCGCCGGCCGGCCAGCCCGGCCAGUACGGCUACCCGCCCUACCAGCACUGA